AUGACUUCAAAGCCGGAUAUCCUUCCUGACAAGGAGAUUGAGGAGCAGCGCACUGUCCAAGAUGAGAUUUACAUCGAUCCUGUUGCUGAGAAGGCGCUUUUGAGGAAGCUUGAUAUGUGGAUUGUUCCGCCUGUGAUGCUGCUCUACCUUCUCAGUUUUUUGGAUCGUGUGAAUAUCGGUAAUGCGCGACUCUAUGGUAUGGAAGAGGAUCUAGGCUUGGUGGGCGAUCAGUAUCAACUUGCAGUUUCAGUUCUGUUCGUCACGUACAUCGCUUCUGAGCUUCCAUCAAACCUCGUCAUCAAGAAAUUCAGACCCUCGCGAUGGAUCGCCUUCAUCACUACAGCUUGGGGCAUCGUCGCCACACUCACCGGUAUCGUACAAGAUUUCAAAGGCCUGGUCGCAUGCCGUGUUAUUCUCGGCGCUCUUGAAGGCGGUCUUUUUCCCGGUCUUACGAUUUACCUUACCAUGUUUUACACCAAGCGCGAAUAUGCUCUCCGAAUCGGCUACCUCUUCGUCAGUGCCGCCAUAGCAGGUUCCCUCGGUGGGCUUCUCGCUUACGGUAUCGGUCACAUGGACGGCGUUGCGGGAUUACGAGGCUGGCGAUGGAUUAUCAUCAUCGAAGGAAUUCCAACAUUCAUCCUAGGAAUCGCUGUUUGGUUCUGGCUUGCAGAUGAUCCUGAUUCAGCUCAUUACCUUACCAUCAACGAACGCGAACUCAUCGAUGCGCGCAUGCGGCGACAAAUCGGACAUACCAAAUCUUCGGAUCAGAUGCACAAGGCCGAUGUUUACGCUGGUCUCAAGGACUGGAAGAUCUGGCUUUUCUGCAUUGGUCAGUUUGGAGGAGAUACUAUUCUCUACGGUUACAGCACCUUUUUACCAACCAUUAUUCGAGGAUUGGGAGACUGGAACACGGCUCAGGUCCAGGCUCUCACGAUCCCUUGCUACGCUAUGGGUGCUAUUACAUACCUAGUUGUGGCAUGGUUCUCUGAUCGCACUCAACGACGAGCUGUUUUCACUGUCAUUCUUGGCCUUGUCUGUGCCGUUGGAUACGCUCUUCUAGUCAGCCCAGCUCCAUCUGGAGUUCGAUACUUCGGUUGCUUCCUCGCCGCCAUGGGACUAUAUGUCAUCGUCGGUUUACCUCUUGCUUGGCUUCCUAGCAACAAUCCUCGCUAUGGAAAGCGUACUGUCGCUACUGGUCUGCAACUCACCAUUGGUAACUCGGCUGGAAUCCCAGCUCCCUUUUUGUACAAAACUCACGAGGGUCCCCGAUUCGUCAAGGGUCACGCCAUUUCCAUGGCCUUGGUCGCCAUGUCUUCACUGAUCUACAUGGCAUUCUGGGCUUGGUUCCGUCGUCAGAAUCAGAGAAAGAUUGAGGGCAAGGAGGAUCACAGAAUUCAGGGCCUGACUGAGGAGGAAGCUGAGGAGCUUGGAGAGCAUAACCCGAGAUUCCACUACACUUACUGA